AUGGACGUUCAAUUGAGAGCGGUCAAGAUGGUGGUAUCAUUCCUUCUCCUCUACACUGUAGCCUUUGCAGCUGAGAUUUCACUCAUGUUGUUCAUCAAUCCCUUGACAGUGGUAUUGUCCACUGUUAUGGUGGCCGGAUAUCAUUCAGGACAUGCCAUCAGUUUGAUUAUCACAAAUUCCAAACUCAGGCAGAUGUUCCUCAUGACUUUGUGGGAUCCUCUGCGUCAGAGACUAUGGGCAACUAUAUCACCUUCCUAUCCCAAGACUCCCAAAGGAACAAGUCAGUCUUAG